AUGAAGCGAAUCCUUUCCUUGAGUGUGAGGAGGCUACACACAGAGAGGGGGGGAAGGGGUCACUACACAUCACACUGCGCCAUGAUGAAAUGUAUAAAACGAUUGGGUGAUCUCCCAAAGUGGAAAUGGAGCCAAAGUCACAUAGAAAAAAAUGGCCUUAGAUACUUCACAAGCGGAAGAAAAGAUCCACCAAAAGAGAUUAAAAAAAAAAGCUUUUUCUUGACAUGGAGAUGCUUAGGGUUCAAUUUAGCUUUGUCUCUUCCCAUCCUCUACUUCUACCUCUUGCAAUGUGAAAAGAAGAAAAAGGGGAAGGGGCAAAUUGGGGUAACCAAAGUGGAGAACAUUGGCAUGCCAUUGAUAGGGGGCGAUUUCACUCUCUUUAAUCAUGACGGGAAGGUAGUAACAAAUGAGGAUUUCAAAAAAAAAUUCUGCUUAAUUUACUUUGGAUUCACUUAUUGCCCAGAUAUAUGUCCACAAGAGUUGGAGAAACAAACUAUCGUCAUUGAAAAAAUUGUAAAGAAAUAUGGGGAUGUCAUAACCCCUGUUUUUAUUUCUGUCGACCCCAAGAGGGAUACUCUAGCCCAAGUGAAGCAUUACUGUAGUUCCUUUAGCAACAAGUUAGUUGGACUGACUGGCACCAAGGAACAAAUUAAAAAAGUAGCCAAGCUAUUUCGUGUAUAUUACAAUGAGCAUAUCGUGGAUGAUCAGACUGCGAAAACGGAUACAAAAAGUGGAGAUCCCUCCAACAUUGCCAACAAUUAUAACUAUCUCAUUGAUCAUUCAAUAAUUCAUUACCUACUGGAUGUGGAUGGUAAGUUUGUUGAUUUCUUCGGAAAAAAUUGCACCACUAGUGAGAUGGUGGACAGGAUAUCCCACUACAUCGAUCUUCAUUUACAGAGUGGGGCUACGGUAGAGGUAACCUCGGGGACGACCCUCGACAAUACAUCUCACUAA